GUCACUGUCUCAAGACCGCAGCAGUCCAUCCCUUGGACUGACCUCCUGGCUCAGCCUCACAACACAAAGGAGCUGGCCAACUACUGCAACCUGCUGCAAGAACAUUAUCACCAGAGCUACGUCAAAGCAGUCCUACAGCAUCAGCUCCCAGGAGUCCUGAUGGCCAUGGACUACUGUGAAGAAUCCCUGCAGGAGAUCGAUGUCACUUCCUUCCUGCAGACCCUCUGUGGACACAUUAGAGUCUUCAGGGAUCACAGUGAGAUUCCAGGAUGGAGAGGAAAUCCAAAACAUUCAAGGAGCCCUACCACCUUUAUCAUUGGAGAGGUUGAGGAGGAGCGAGCAGAUGAGAGGGCUGCCAUGACCUCUUUGUCCAGUAUUGAAAUGGAGGAUGCCAGUGAAGCUGAAUCUAGAGGAAAGUUGUCUGCUCCCACAUCUCCUCUGAUCCUGGAUGAGUCCAAGACAGCCGAAAUCCCAGAGUUCCCUCUGACACUGCUUCAGACGCAGCCCAAGUGUGAAGUGUACCCAGAUCUGCAUAAAAUCAUACAGGAUAAAUUCAUGGGGAUCGUGUCUCAGUAUUUCAAAACUGUGCCCUCCAACCCGCACUACUUCUUCUACUGCCCACCAUCAUCAAAGAAAGAGGAGGACUCAGAGGAAGGUGAGACAGAAAGGAGACCCAGUGAGGAGUUGGUGUCAGAGGCAGAGCCGGCUACAGAGGACGAAAAUAUGUCAGGCUGCUGCGUCAUGACAGAGAGCGACACAGAUUUGGUGGUAGAGUAUGAGGAGCAUCCAGGCACCAGCACUCACGGAGAGGGUGAAGACCAGUCCCUGUCAGACUCUAACACUGUCAACCAGGACCAGGACUCCUUCAGUAUCCUGGAGGGAGACUCCCUGCUGGAGGCUGAGGGGCCACAGCUGGACAUGCCACCGCUGUUUGUUCACGUCACAUGUUCUGUCAAUAUGAAAAGCUGCCACGGCUCUAUGCCCAUACAAACGCUGCCCACCUGCCUUGGUGAGAUUAUUUCCUGCCUGGAGAAUGCUGAGACCUUACAGUCUGUGGAUCUGAAUGAGCUCUCAGUUACAUUAGAUGUAUUUGUCCUGACUCUGCCUCUGGAGAUUGAAGCCAUGGCUGAUUUUCAUCACAACAGGUACACCUCAGAGAGCAGUGUGUCCCUGAAUCGUUCACCAGGACAGCCCUCGUCCUAUCGCUCUGAUGAGGAGCUGAUGGCAGUAUUGGACAGUCUGAGAGGAGCUGGCGUUGAUGGGGUCUCUGGUGAUCCCUUAUCCAAACUGCCAGUUCCUCACAAGUUAGCAAUUUUGGCCACAAUGGAUGAGAUCCGCUGGCUGCUGGAGGAUGAGAUAGUUUCUGCUCUGCGUCACUCUCGGGUCAUCAGCUCAGCCACGCUGCAGAAAGUAGCAGAGCAUGUUUUGCGCUCCAGUGGACGACCACACUGUCACUGUGAGGACGUCCCACUUCAGUUUGUCUUCGGGCCUGAGCAGUCUCUGGAAAAAUUCAAAGAGGAGUUCCGCAGAAUAUCGCUCUCGGGCUACGUCCUAAAUGGACAGCAGGACAGCUUCUACUAUAUGUCCCUGAGCAGACUACACCCACAGAGGAUCCACGCCACCAAGAGACUCUCUGAGAGCACCGCAGACCCCCCACAGCAGACCACUCCCUGCAGUGCUGGAGCACAGGUGGAGGACGUCAUGCUGGAGAGUGGAGCAGAGGCUCAGGCAGCAGAGGCGGACAGUGAGAGUGAAGACAGGAAGUCCAUCAGUGUUGCUGCUGACGCUCCCGGUGACACAACUACAGAUGCCUGUGAGCCAAUCAGAGCCUUGAGGCCUGAGGCAGAUGACAGUGUUUAUCAGAGCCCAGUUAGCACGGUGGGGGACCAAGGUCAGCCCAGUACCCCCCAGCUCCACACUGAUCGCUGCCCAGAGCCCACCUCACCCCCGAAGACGCCGUCCAGCGUCAGCCUGGCUGAGUCCAUGCAGUCGGCCUCUCACAGCGGUGGCAAACUCAGGCCAAGUCGAGUCCAGAGUGUCGUCUCCAGCCAGGGCAGUCUGGAUUCAGACAUGCAGGGUUACGAUGGCGGCAGCAGUGACUCUGAGUGUGAGAGCCCCACCCUGGAUGAACAGGAGUGUCAGUCACGUCUGAUGCCAGACUUCUGGCUGAUUGUUAAGAUCCACCAGGACAGAGUGAAGGUCUACUCCCAUUCCAGAUGCUUCACAGAAGAAAAAGACGUCAGUGCUGAGGAGUUUGAGAAGAAGGAGGAGGAGCAGGAGCUGCCUGAAUACUUACAGCUGCAUCAGACAGUGGUCAGGAAGAUCGGUGAAAUCUGCAGAAUAGUCAAUCAGCGUAUGCUGCUGCAGGACCUACAUGACAGCCAUGUGUGUAACUCUCUGCUGGUGGCUGAGAGUGAGGAAGACAUCUGGAAGAAUGAGUCUCUGUACAGGCAGAGGCUCAACACCUCUGAUGACUACAACACAGAGGAGAGCUACCAGGCCAGAGACUACCUGGCAGCCACCAUGCAGUUCAUCCCUGGACAUUUUGCCUGUGAUGUGGUGUGGAGCACAAUCAUCCACAUUCACCCACGUCUCAAAAUGGGACCCAACAUGGGGGUGUCCAGGGCAAUCCAGGCCCUGCGCUCUGUGCUGAACUCUUUCUGUGUGGUCAACAGGAAGAACAUGUUUGUCUACCAGGAGCGUACUACAAAAUCAGUCUUCUACCUCAGGCUCUGUGAAACUUCACUAACAGGGAAAUACUCUGACAUGGAUGGAAACCUCCCCAUGACUCGCUCCAUUGGACUUUUCAGGAGUCAAGAGCCCUUGUUCUCCGAGGACAUCAUGGGAUCCAAGUCCUCUCUGGAGGGAUCUCGGCCAGUUGGACAAGUAGAUAAGCACAUCCUGCUGCUGGUGCAUGGAGUGGGCAAUGCAGGCCCAGAGAUCACAGACGAACUGGUUAAAGUUCUGCGGAAGCGCCUGGAUGAAACCACUUUGGACAUCAUCACUGUCAUGCUCGUCAGGAACUGCAAGUUGACCCCAGCUGAUGUGGAGUUCAUCCAGCCAUCAGGGUCUCCGGCCACUGAGGUGAUGACCUUCAGCCUCCCACAGUACUGUCUACCCUGGCUGUCUGCUGUGGCUCACUACCUCAGGCAGAACCUUCUCAUCUUCCUGCAUGUACCCAAGUACACCGACAGCAACACAGCGCACCAUUUCAAGCACUACUUUCAUCUGAGCAGUGACUUGGCUGACGGCAAUAUCUACCUCUACAAUAAACCUGGAGGCCAGGGGACUGGAGGCAAAGGUACCAUGUCGGAGCUGGUUCAGCAACUCUUCCCACCUUCUCAGUUUAAAGGUAUCGCCUGCAUCGCCCUCUCAUUCAUCGAUGCCCAUGGUCGUCCCCUUCAGGUUCCAACUCAGGACUGUGCCUCCCUGCAGAGGUCAGAGCACGGCACACCCCCCUACACCCGACCAUUUUGA